AUGACACGAACCGACCUGCCUGACAUACUAACAGCUUAUCAAGACAUUAAGGUGUCCCUGAGCACGGAUUCUCAAAGCCACCCAACCACCGCACGAUGUGACAGCUUCAUGUCCAAACGCACGGAACUUCACCAGCAACCAUUCAACAAAAGGCACUGCCGCAGCUUUGACUUCCUUGAGUCGUUAGAGGAGCCCUUGGCCAACGCUGCAAACAUGGAAGCAUCUCAAAGGGGAUCACAGAGACGCGCUGGAACCCCCGAGCCAUCUAGUCAGCCUGUGAGCAGGAGGUCCACUCUCAGAUCUGAAGGCAGAUACAUGUCUCAGGGGGUGGAUACGUCAAAGGAAACGGUUAAAGAACCAAGAAGGAGACCAAGAUCAAAGAGUGCUCCAAGGGUCAAAACUGCCUUCACGUCAGUCCCUAUACAAAUGUCUUCUUCUCAGUCACCUCCUCCAACUGCCAGAAGGGGUAGAGAGGUCGUUCGGGCUUCCCGGGAGCCUCAGAAAUCUGUAGCUUCUCCCAAAAGGGAGGCCAGCUACGCCUCUACGAAAGCACUACUGAACGAGGUGCACCCCAUAAAGUUGCAACCGCAGCGCAACAGCGCAAGCCGCAUUUCUCCGCUUUGUGUUAGCAACAACUGUGUGGAAGAGCCAAAAGGCUUAAAACAAAUGUCUAGCCCUCAUGUGCGUUGCCGAGUGGACAUCAAACCAGAUGACGCAGUCCUGCAACAUGCUGCUCAUGGAUCCAAGCCCUGCCAGACCUGGGGUGAAACACCUCACUGCACAAGACAACCUAGCACACCCAGAAGCCUAGCUGUGCCAACGGCCAGACUCAUGUCUGUCUCCCGCACACCCACCCCCAGUGAUUCCUACAGCAUGGAACACAGGAUCACACAUUAUCCAAGUACCCCUGGGGGAGAGAUGUACGCCCCUGAUUUCCGAGGGAUCCCAUACCAAAGUGUUGCUUCCCCAAGGGAUUUUUCAAUGUAUGCCAGCAGGGACAGUGGGCCAUAUGGCAGCCCAGCCAUUCCAACUUCAUACUUCUACACGGAGGAGGAUACAGGCUUUAGCCAAAGCAUUCCUAUAAAAAGCAGGGGAUGUGUCACUUACCCUCAUCAGUUUACUGAUCAUGGGGCUCCUACUCAUGCAUACUACACAGAGGAAACCCCAAGUGGCCUACCUAGGACCUAUUACAUUGAGGACCCUCGACCAUACCCUAUUCAAGAAGCCCCAGUACGGACAUUCUAUGGAGAAGACCCUCGUUUUUACCCUCCUCGCACUAUCCCUGCCAAAACACAUUACGGGGAAGAUCCAAGAUCUUAUCCACUUCAGAGCACUUCCUCCAAGCUCUACUAUACUGAGGACAUUGCAAAGUACGCAGAAAGGGAAGCUAUCUCAAGAACCUACCCAUACCCCAAAAGCGCACCACCCCUGCAGUUCAGUGAAUGGUAUUUUCCUGAUCAGAGUUCAAUCCCUUACCCGACCAUUCAUAUGCCGCCUUUCCCCCAGCAGACUACUGGAAGAGAGGCGAUGCUUUCAUCUUGGCAUGCUUCAUAUAGCAUGAACCAACAGAGACUAGCAACAGACGCCCGAAACUAUUCCAGGUCUUGGGACAAUAUAUUGAACCCCAGUGGAAGGAAAGAGGACCCACUAUCACGUGGUCGCAGCUAUGAGAAUUUGCUGUGCCGCGAACGUCGUGCCUUAUCUCCUGACGACCGACGCCAGCCUGUGGUGGUUAAUCUUUCCUGUUCUCCGAAGAGGUACGCUGCCCUAUCACUUUCUGAGAAUUCUAUAGUCGAGAAGGUCCAAACCGACGGUGUAGGCGGGAGAUACACAAUGGGUCGGUCAUGGUUUGUUACACCAGAGAUCACAAUUACAGACAAUGACUUGAGGGCAAACGGAGUGGGAAGAGGAGAGAGACGUUCAGCCAGCUGGGAUGUUAUAGAUUCAGGAGUAUCGCCAACAGCUUAUCCACCUCAUGUCCCUUAUCCUACCAAAGAGAAGAUGCCAAGCAGAUCGUCCCGACACCGCAGCCUUGAGCAACUUGAUGAGCUAAUAGCAGACCUAGUAAUAGAUUAUAAACCACCAUCAAGCCGAAGACCCAGCGAGGCAGAUGCUUUGGCUGAACAACUGAGGAAGUUGAUUAAGGAGGACAUGAUAGGGAUUCCACGGAAGUCCGAGCCCUACAGCCACGUGGCGCAUCACCUUCAGAGCCGACCUCUUAAAGAACAGCCAACACCGACUUUUCCAGACUCCCAAAGAGGACAGAGGAGGGGAGCUUUCCCUGAGGUGCCAGUAUCUAGUCCUCACAAGCCCCUAGAAGAUUGCUCACCAGAUCUAAGUGCUGAUGAGGAUGACCUUUUGACAUGUUCUAAUGCCAAGUGCAGGCGUACAGAGACAAUGUUCAAUGCCUGUCUAUACUUUAAGACCUGCCACAGCUGCUACACAUACUACUGCUCUCGAAACUGUCGCCGCGAGGACUGGGACAUCCACAAAGCGAGCUGCAUCUAUGGCCGCAUGGGCAGCGUGUGCCGUCAUGUGCUCAAAUUUUGCAGAGAAAACAAUGAGGUUCACAAGGCCUUCUCUCGUAUUGCCAAGGUGGGGUUUCUUUCACGGGGAAGGGGAGUACUCUUCUUGGGGUUUCCAAAUCCAGGUUCUGCAGAUAACUUUUUGCAGCUAGGUCUAGAGGGUUUACUGAUGUCCCCCACAUACCUGUCCCUGCGGGAACUAGAGUGUUACUCGGACAAUCUAGGAGAACAUGCCAAGGAGCUGCAAGGAGCUGGCAAUCAGUACGACCCUGAGGAAUGUUUCCUAUUGAAUGUAACUGUGGCAGUGGGGCAGGGUGGACCUGACCGUCUCUCAUCCAGAGCCCAUCAUGUUCCCACUAUCCGUAAGUACGCCAAAAUAGCCUUAGCCUCUUCGAGUCCAGAGAGGAAAAUCACAAAAAAAGAAAAGGAUAUGGAGACGCUUAUCCUGACUCCUCCACCAGGCACAGCUGACUUGGAUAAAGAGGGAGAAGAGGGCAGGAAGGCCAGGGAAGUCUGUUUCAUCCACAUCCAGAGGGAACUGAGGAUGAGAGGAGUCUUCCUUCGCCAUGAGUAUCCCAAGAUCUAUCAGCAGCUGUGCGAGUUUGUAGAGAGCAACAAAAGGUUCACCCCUACCACCAUUUACCCCAUUGACCGAAGGACUGGGAAGCAGUUCAUGUGCAUGAUUAUGGCAGCUUCUGAGCCUAGGACCCUAGACUGGGUGGCCAGCCCCAACCUGCUGGAUGACCUCAUGUAACACCAGCAUCUGCUGCGUCCAGAACCGAAACCCCCACGGCUGAUUCUCUUGUUUUGUAGUUUUUCUUGUAGCAGGAGUAGUCCUGUUAUGUAGAUAUCAAAAAAGUUCAGAGCCUCCUGAAGGAAGCAGAACUAGAACAUUCAGGAUGCGUGGGACGGAUACUGUAAUGAUGGAUUUGGAUACUUUACAGUGUUUCUUUCAGGUUUGUUUUCCUAAGAUGAUUAUGGGUAGAUUGUAGUGCACGUGGAAAAAAAAUAGAUUUUAGGGAUAUGGAAAUGACCACAUACGACAAAUUCAGUAGUCUGCAGCAUUCUCAUAUGAGCGCCUAAAAAAAUCAUGAGUUGUGAAUGGAUUUUCCUGUAGGGCUUUUAAAUCAGUUUCCAUUCCAAGGCAUGUCACGCUGGCCAUUUUCACUCCGUAUUUGGUGUUCAGCAAAAAAACUAUGAUUGGUUUUGGGUGCAGAAUGGCAGGUUUCAGGUUUUCAAUAAUUCAAAAGUUUGAUAAUUUCAACUGAACCAGCGAGGAAAUAAUUUUUUAUUGUAACGGUUAGUGAAUACUCCACAGGGGCGCUUGGGCACUUGCAAUAUUCCAUGGUGAUAUCAUAAUGUAUCAUUGACAAUGUGCGCACACUCCACAGAGCUGCGCAACUAUACAGAAUUGGCCAUUUGGUGUAAAACGAAACAUCACACGAGUUCAAGGUCUGCCCAGAAGGACAGG